UACCCGCUCACUUCAGUCAGUUCAGUCCGUUACGGUGCGUCGCGCGGCGUGUACAGGCGCGUACAACGGUCGGACGCGCGCCUUUUCCACGUUCAAGUCGAAGGGGGUAGCGUGUCUCUCGCACGCGGGGGAACGCGUCUCUCGUGGCGUCGCUGCGAAAGUGCGGAGGGCGCUCACGGGUGUAAAAAAAAAAAAAAAAAAACAAAGGAAACGCCGUGAUCUCCCACCCUUUCUUUUUCGUCAAACUCGCUUUUUUCCCCUCCUUCUCUCCCCUUCGGGUCGCCGAGCACUCGGAGCACGCGUCCCUGACAUGCGGCCGGCGCGGGCGAGCGUCAGGACGAGCCAUUGUCCGUGCCGUUUGACACUCGGGCUACUCGGGGCAACGGCCAGCCGCGCAGCCGACUUAGCCGACUCUCCUCCCCGCAGCCACUCGCAGCCGCACCGAGCGAGCCAGCUGAAUUCAUCCGUCUGAACUUACCUGCGGAUCGCGGCGCGGUGAAAAAAGACGAGCGGGAAGGAGGCUGUCGAAUCGGGGAUAUUUUUACGGUCUUCGAGAAUGGAGCACGGAGAACUGGUACGAAGGGAAUAAAUGCGAUCUCGGCGCCACGUUAUGCCCUUGUAUCGAGAUCAACUAAGUUUCACAUAUCCCUGAUCCAAGUCAGUAAUAUACUUAUCAUUCGUGAAUGGAUGGAGCUGCGACGGGAAUUGGAGGAGGAUCGGUUGCGGACCUGGGAAAUCUGGAAAGAUGGUGGAACAAUCCGGGGAUCGCGGCCUGGAGCUUCGUCCUCUUCGGCUGCUUUCUCCUCAACGCGACUCUUCUGCUUGCGUUUCUCGUCAGGCCGGGAUUGCGCACCAUCUCCAACAGAUUCGUGAUGAACCUAACCGUUUCGAAUCUGCUGACCUGUGCCGUGCUGAACCCGUUGCUGAUGAUGGACGGCCCGACGGUAGAAGACGGCACGCUGAUGGCGUCCACGACUUCAGACGACUUCACGUCGCCGUUUGGUUCGACGUCGACGUCCGCCAGCAAUAUCUGCGCGAUAUCGGAAGGUGCCACCGCGCUCGUUACCACGUCGUCGGUGCUGUCGGUCCUGCUGAUCGCCGUCGACCAAUACUUCGCCGUGGUGGACCCGCUGCGUUACCGGGCUCGAGUCGACAAGCUCAAGUCGGCCGUGCUGAUCGUCUCCAUCUGGCUGGUUUCAAUGACGUUCGGCCUGGUCGCUGCCUUGAACCCGAGCCCGCGUAGCCUGUGGCUGUCCUGCAGCACGUUGCUGAACAACUCGUCCUACCGCGAAUUCGCGACGUCGAACGUUACCGCGACGACGGAGCCGUCGGAGACGUCGCUCGAGUCCGCGUUCGCGUUCCUCGGCAACGGGACCGGAGGCGAGGAGAAGGAGGAGGAGGAGGAGGAGGAGCUGAUCGACGAGGUGACGGGGCCAACGUUACUUAAACACUUGAUCGAGUCGAUCAAGAUCGACAGCGGCGUCGGCCUGCUCGAGAACUCCACCGUGAUUUUUCGUACCGUGACCAACGACUCUGUUACCUACGGACUCAUUUACACGGUCGUACACAGCGUGUUCGCGUAUCUGCUUCCGUUCGCCGGUGUCUGUUGGAUUUAUAUCAGCAUCUAUUCGGCCGCCCACCGGAACUCCGAGAGAACUCGCAGGACUGGCUCGCGACCGAUUCUCUCGUCGGGUAGCUUCAGCGAAGAUCCGUACUAUUACGUGAAGGCGCAGCAUCAAUCGUCCGCCGACGCGUUUCCCGAAGAGUUCCGUAGGAUACCGAAAAUCUCGAGUCUCUCGUCGAUCGACGAGACGAGCGAGACUACGCACUCGAUCAAUCAGAUAUCGCGUCGGAGAUCCUUUUCGUCGUCCCUGGACGCGGCGCAGGCGGGAUCGAACGACGAGCAGACGUCGUCGGGGAUCGUCUUCACGGUAGGACUGCAACCGGUGGAAUCCAUGCUGCCGUCUGAUCAAAGCAACGAUAGUAAUUUCACGGGGCCAGCUGAUCCGCAGACGAACUACCUCGAGAGGGAGCGCGUUUCGUCCUUCAACGGGAACCUCGUUGCGAGCAAAUUCCACGAUACGGAAGCUGAUCGGAGACGGAAAUCUUCGUGUGAUCUAACGGACGGAUCGGAGAUCGGGGAAUCUUCCGGUUGGAUCGCCGGGGCGGACUCGAGUGAUUCCGAGAACGACGAGCGACGCUACGAUUACUUCGACUCCUUAACAGUUCCUAAAACAACUCGCAAGAUGAAGAUCCUCACGGAUCGAAGAUCCUCCGAUUGUCUCCUGUCAGUUGCCCGAUGCGAGAGGACGGAGGAGAGGCCAUCGCGUGAUGACGUGGACAAUCUCGAACGGGAUUCUUUCAAGGCGACGACUUGCUGUAACGACGACGAGGAGGAGGAGGAGGAGGAGGAGGAGGAGGUCUCUGUUACGGUGAAGACAAUAGAACGGGAACAAGGGCAAGACGAGAUGCCGAAUUCCGAAAGCGGUAACACGGAGAACAAGAGACCGAGGCGACCCAGUCGGCGUUUGUCGAGACCCAGUGUCCUCGAUGCCAGUGUGGAAUCGUACGCGAUUGGCAGAAAUGCAGAAAACGUUGGGUACAACAGCCCGGAAGCCUCGUCCUCGUGCUUCCUGACGCCCAUCGUGACGAUCACGCCCGCGCCUGGCAAGUCGAGCUCGCUGCACCGUGUGGCCAGUGUACGUAGCACCAACAGUUACAUCAAUUCCCUCAAGCAUCGGAUCAGCAACGGCUCCCUGUUCAGGUAUCGCGAGGAGACGCGGGCGGCCAGAAUCAGCGCGCUGGUGAUCGUGAUGGGCCUGAUCUGCUGGUCGCCGUACGUGCUGUUGAACAUGAUCAAGUACCUGCCGCGGUACUCGGAUUACGCGUUCCCGCACGAAUACGACGUGCUCGCGCUCAGCUUUUUGAUCCUGGCCGCCUACGUGAGCCCGUUGCUCUUCGGCUAUCGGUCGCGGCGGGUGAAACGGGAGCUGCGUAAGUUCUUCUGCUUCCACCGCGAGCUCUCGUACAAGAACAAUCGCAGCUUGAUGGCGAAGAAGGUGCUGAAGCGACGGCACAGCAGCACUCUGAGCCACCUGGAGAUGGAUCAUCGUUACAACAUCUUCAACUGCGUCUACGGCAGGAGCCGGUGGCCCAAGGAGAAGGUGCAGUUCGUCCAGGUGCCGGACACCGCUCUCGCCGUGGAGACUUGCAGGAGUAGCUUCUCCAGCGGCGCCAGCACGCAGAUCUCCAGCACGUCCACGGAGGAGUGUUGAAUCGCGAUGGACCUCGCGGCGCUGCGCGGAAUUUUGCGCGUUGAAAUCGCGAGGGUACUAGUUCCUUCAAUGAUCGGCGCGAUCGUACGGGAGAGCAAAUACGCGCGGUGCAAAGGAAAGCAGCGUAAAUUACGCCCGCGUUCGCGUAUGUUGCGUGAACUUGGCAAGGGACGUCGGGCGAUCGAGACGAAUAAGUGAACGGAAGUAGGUUAAGCGCGGUUAUGAUGAAAAGACGGUGCAUCGUGUGGUUUUUGGUGGCACGUGGAUCGAUAUAUUUUUCUAGUUCGCCGCAGUCUUUAACUAACUUCCUAAUUUUACCUUUUACUUUUCAACGGACAGUACGGUUGUGUGAAUGAGAACUGAAUUCGCGAUGCGAACGUUUGUGUUCCGAGCAGUCGGCGGCUCGUCUCUCCUCUCGACUAACUCGUCGCAUUUUUCUUCCGACAACGUAUUCUUUUGCCUGUGCGCAACGUGGGUCUGAUUAAUCGGCAGAAUAAUUGUGCGAUUGAACGUUGAAACUGUUUAUUUAAAAAAAAAAAAACGACGCGAGUUUUGGAAACUCGACGACAGGCGUUGCGGCAAAGCCGAGCGAUGUACCGUCGCCUUGCACCGUAAUCAAAAUAAAUAACACGAAACUCGCUGCGUCUCUCCGCGGCGCGGUUGGAGCCGCUGUUCGGCAUUUGUCAAAUCGAAAUGUCCGUUUUAGUAUUAAGAGCAUUAUCGCGCUAAGUCGUCAGGUGUCGGCCGGCUCGAGAAGUAUUAGAGUACCGCCGAGCUCGAAAGGAGGCUUUAGUUUUUACGCUUAUUGACGCACUGCAUCCACGCGUACUUUCUCCCCCUCCCUCUCUUCCCACACUUUCUGUUUUUUAUCUACGUUUGUCGACGUAAUUGCGGCAACGUCGUCUGACGCACGCGGGGUAGAUCAAUCUAGUUGCCACGGCGUAUUUAUUCUCUUAAGCGGCUAUUUAUUCGCAGAACGUCGAACAUGUACGUCGUCCGUACGGUAUGUUCUGUAUGUAGAUAUGUACACAGCAUUUCUCAUGACAAAACACCUCUUCGUCGAGGCGUCGCCGUUCUCCGUCUAGAGAAUACUCUGCGAUUCCUCCCCCCCCCUCCCCCCUCCCCCCUUUCUUACUCUUUUGUAUAUUACGUGUGCAGAGAUUCGUUUAUUUAUAUUAAAUAUAUAAUUUGUAUAUAGAGAGAGACGAAUGGCGAAUCUCAAGUGCGCUGCUAAUCCGUAUGUCGUAAAAUCACUCGUAUCCUGUGUGUGUAAUGUUUCGUCAGCGUGGUCCAUACAUAUAGUAAAAUGUACGAUAUGCCAUUUGUAUCGUUUUGUAUUAUCCGCUAUGGUGAACUCGUCUACAGGCUGUCUAUGACAUGUGAUAACACCAAAACCAAUAUUAGCCACUUAAUAUUAGCUUACAAUAUUAAUUUAUGUGACUUUCUCAAUAAAACACUCCUUGCGACAUGCAAUUUGUGUUGAAUAUGUGACUGUACAUGCGUAUAUGUGGGUGCGUAUACGACUUUUCGACACACCUGGAUCCUAAUAUAAUAGAUACGUAGGUAUAAUUAUACGAUUGACGUGACUGAAAUUAAAAUGGCUUAAAAGAGAAUCGCAGGGUUAUAAUUUCAAAGUAUACGUGGAUGACCAGAAUAAUUAUGGCAACAAUGGAACAUCG